UAAGUCUCAAAUUUGACAGUCGACGAUGUUAAAAAUGGCUCUAUCAAUGGUUUUGCCGCACUAGCGUCGCGUCUGUUUGAAAAAUAUAUAAAAGUGAUUAAAAUGAGCACUAAAAAUGUAGAGCUGCAGUACAAGUUAUUAAAUGCCGAACUGAUGGGCCAUGUACAGAAGCUGCGGGUGGAGUUGGCGGAUUACAAAAAGCUGGUCGUCAGCCUGCAAACGGAGCUCUUGGAUGAGCGGGAGUACCGCGUACUGGCAAUGGACCUCAAAAAGCGUCAGCUGAAGUGCGCCCUCAGUGCCUUGAUGAAGGACCUGGACCUGGGGGAGGACAGCCCUGCAAGCGUCAAUCAAACGCGACAGGAAGAGCUCAAAUCGCCAACUGCCCAUCGACGGUCUAGCAUUAAGGAAGUUUGUAAUGAAAUGCGUCGCUUCAGUGACAUGACCAGACCUACUAGGACUUGUUCACCCAGCAGUCGCCGCAGCAACAGCAGCAGCAUCAGCAGCACACUCCGUGGCAGUAGCAGCGGUGUCAUAGCAGAAGACGCCACAGAUGUGAAUGUGGCAACCACAUCCCCAGAGGCGACACAGACCCAGGCACAGCACAUCUAUAGCGCAGUGACGCCACCUCCAAGACGCAUCGCGGAAAUGGCCUCGGCCUUGGACGACACCGACGAGGACACUCUUUGUGUCGUCGACGAGGACUCUCCCUGUGUCGUCGACGAGGACACUCCCUGGGUCGUCGACGAGGACUCUCCCUGUGUCGUCGGCGAGGACACUCCCUGGGUCGUCGACGAGGACUCUCCAUGUGUCGUCGACGAGGACUCUCCCUGUGUCGUCGACGAGGACUCUCCCUGUGUCGUCGCCGUGGACUCUCCCUGCGUCGCCGACGAGGUACGGGCCAGCCUCUGCUUUACCAUAGAGGAAACGGACUACGAGGUCGCCUCGGAUAGCUCCUCCAACUACAGCUUUCCGUCGAUGGAGAUUUGUGAUAUAAGGGAUACCCCAAUCCGCACUAGAGCCGCGCGGGGCCAAGUCCUACGCGAGCUUAGCGAAAAUGUGCCCAAGGAGAGGGACGCUCAGAUAGGGGGGAAGCCAGAACCACCCACCUUGACCAUUUCCUGCCACGCUGAUGACAGCAGUCAGGAGAUGAGCAUACAGCAGCAGCGGCAGCAGCUACUUUCACCGAUGCCCAUGCCCAUGCACAUGCACACGUCCGUUGUCUCGCCACGCCAGAGUCAAUUCAAUGGCAUUAUCAGUACGUCCGGCAGCACCAGCACUCCGCAUUCUUCCCCGGUCGCUGUCGCAAAGAAAAAGGGUAGAGCCACGCCAGAACCCCAUAAGGACCCACAAGAGGAGACGGUCAGUGGAUCCAGGAUUAGGACAAGACUUCAAACCAGCCAGGAAACGCUCAGUGCGAGCCACGAGAUUCUCCAAGGUGACCAGUCCAGCUGCAGCGCCAGUGGGCGCCCGAGUCGCCAAUGUCGUCCUACAUCGCUGAAGGAGCCAAGAGUAAAUAGGAAAAUGCGCAACGAUUCCAUGUCAAAAAAGUCAAGUUCAUAAAUGUAUUCCUGUUUCUAAAAUUUGCAUGUUCAUUAUCUUAGUAAAUUAUAUUGUUAAAUCGUAAUGCGAA